AUUUCCCAAAUCGUUCUUCUCCAUUUUGCGCUUUCAUUGUUAUUGCAACCAUUCUUUGUUUCACGUUAUUUGCACUUCUGGCCUCUAGCUUUGCGCAUCAAGCUCAACAUUCCGGUUCUUAUAUAAUAUAGAAGAAGAUGCCGACAAGUGACAACGCUGGAAACGGAAAUGGGCUGGCAAAGAUUCAACAACUUGGUGACAAUGAAGAAGGUCGUCCAACGGUGAAGGCUCAAACCAUUGAUGAGCUUCACUCUUUGCAGAAGAAGAAAUCUGCACCUUCCACUCCCAAGGGCUCUCUGCCUACGUCUGCCAGCGUUUUUACCGAGGAAGAACGCAACAAACAGCAGCUUGAGUCCAUCAGUGCAUCUUUGGCGUCACUAACAAGAGAAAGUGGACCAAAGGUAGUGAAAGGGGAUCCAGCAGCUAGGAAAUACGAAGCCUCAAGGGUUGAACACGUGCCGCACCAAAUUCUCACACCUACCAUUGCUGUCAGUGACAGUGCCUUGAAGUUUACACAUGUUCUCUAUAACCUCUCCCCAGCAGAACUUUAUGAACAAGCGAUCAAGUAUGAGAAAGGAUCGUUCAUUACUUCCACUGGGGCAUUGGCUACGCUUUCUGGGGCCAAGACGGGUCGGUGUCCCAGAGACAAGCGCGUGGUGAAAGAUGAAGUUACUGAGAAUGAACUUUGGUGGGGAAAGGGUUCUCCUAACAUCGAGAUGGACGAGCACAGUUUCAUGGUGAAUAGAGAAAGAGCCGUUGAUUAUUUGAACUCUUUGGACAAGGUCUUUGUGAAUGACCAAUUCUUGAACUGGGACCCAGAGAACAAAAUCAAAGUUAGGAUUGUCUCUGCCAGAGCUUACCAUUCCUUGUUUAUGCACAACAUGUGCAUUCGACCAACUACCGAAGAGCUUGAGAAUUUUGGCACACCAGACUUCACUAUUUAUAAUGCUGGACAGUUUCCUUGCAAUCGUUACACUCACUACAUGACAUCUUCUACUAGCAUUGAUCUUAGUCUUGCAAGGAAGGAAAUGGUGAUCCUUGGGACACAGUAUGCAGGGGAAAUGAAGAAAGGUCUCUUUAGUGUCAUGCACUAUCUCAUGCCCAAGAGGAAAAUCCUCUCCCUACACUCUGGCUGCAACAUGGGCAAAGGUGGAGAUGUUGCUCUCUUUUUUGGACUCUCAGGUACUGGAAAGACCACUCUGUCCACGGAUCAUAAUAGGUAUUUAAUUGGAGAUGAUGAACACUGUUGGAGUGAGAGUGGUGUCUCAAACAUUGAAGGUGGUUGCUAUGCCAAAUGCAUUGAUCUCUCAAGGGAGAAUGAACCUGACAUCUGGAACGCCAUCAAAUUUGGGACAGGUAUAACCCUAUUAACCUUAGCCUACUUUAACAUCUCCUUAUCUUUGACUUCAUGCAUUUUGACACAUUUUUUAUUCACUUGGAUGUUAGUCUUGGAGAAUGUUGUUUUUGAUGAGCAUUUUCGAGAAGUUGAUUACACAGACAAAUCAGUUACAGAAAAUACUCGUGCAGCUUAUCCAAUUGACUACAUUCCAAAUGUGAAGUUACCAUGUGUUGGUCCUCACCCUAAGAAUGUGAUCCUUUUGGCAUGUGAUGCAUUUGGUGUGCUUCCACCUGUGAGUAAGCUAAGCCUGUCGCAGACCAUGUACCAUUUCAUCAGUGGAUACACAGCUUUGGUGGCUGGCACAGAAGAGGGCAUAAAGGAGCCACAGGCAACAUUUUCAGCUUGUUUUGGUGCAGCCUUUAUAAUGCUACACCCUACAAAGUAUGCAGCCAUGCUUGCUGAAAAGAUGCAGAAUCAUGGUGCUACUGGAUGGCUUGUUAACACAGGAUGGUCUGGUGGAAGCUAUGGUUGUGGAAGUCGUAUUAAACUAUCUUAUACAAGAAAAAUUAUUGAUGCUAUUCACUCUGGAAGCCUCUUGGAUGUUGAGUACAAGAAGACUGAGAUUUUUGGACUUGAGAUCCCCACUGAAGUGGAGGGAGUCCCCUCGGAAAUUCUAGAACCUGAGAACACGUGGUCAGACAAACAAGCCUACAAGGAGACACUAUUGAAGCUGGCUGGAUUGUUCAAGAACAAUUUUGAAACAUUCACCUAUGGAGAGAACAACCAAGUGACAAAGGAGAUUCUUGCUGCUGGACCAAUCAUUCAUGAUGCUUAAUUAGGAGAUCAGACAACCCCCCGGUUACUUUUUGCUAAUUUCUAUUGGUUUUGCAUUCUUUGGUUAUUUGGAUUUGAAAGAAAGACGAUAUUUAAGAUUUAAGUACAAGAUUGUCACCAUGCCUUGAAACAAAGAAGAAAGUCUUGGAAGUCUUUUUAUUGCAGCUUGCAAAUCAAGUCUUGUCUUGUUCUGUUUGUUUCCUUUUUUGUUUUGAAGAGAAGUUACCUGUGAGAUGAAAUUACCAAGGCAUGCUAUAAAACCUGAGGUUGUUUGAAAGAUGAUUAUUAUAUUUGAAAGCACUACAUACAUUCGUACAAGUGUGUGUAGCUUUCCAAAAUAAAAUCACCUACCAAUAUUUCCUUUAGACAUUGACUAUAAAUUAAAAUUUAAAGCAUUCCAUA